AUGAAUGAAUUAAACCAAAGGAUUUAGAAAUAAAAAAUAUAAUCUAACAAUUAAUUAUUAUAUGUGUAAUAUAAUUUAUCAUAAUAUUAUUUUUAAUAUUAAAGUAAUUUUUAAGUAUCCAUAAAGACUAGUAUUAUUUGUUAAUUAUAUAUAUAUAUUAAUUAUUUAUACUAUAAAUAUAAUAUAAUAUAUACAGAUAUACUUAUCAAAUUAAAGUAAAAGACCUUAAGUAAUUUAAAUCAGAUUGCAUCAUUUUAAACAAUCCAAUAACAUUUUUUCAUUAUAGAUAAUAAAUAAUUAUCAGCAAAUCAACUGUUUUUAUUUAGAAAAAAUUAAUUCCAAAAAUAAAAUUUUUCAGCCUUGAAAAAGUUUGCCAGAAUUUUACACUUCAACUCUAUAUUAGUCUUUAUUAAAUUUUCAAGGAGCCACUUUAACAAUCAUAAAGUAAAAUUUAUAGGUUAUAUAAGAAACAGAUAACAGGACAAGAAGACAAUUUCAAAUUCUAAAAUGGAAUUGAAGGUAAUUACCCCUUUUUAAAGAAAAUUAAAAAAUUUACUCAUUCAAAACGAAAAAAUCAUUUUCAAGGUGAUUCAACUCAUAUAUUGAACAAUUCUGACUUUUUAAAAUUAAAGAUGACUCAAAUUCAUUAAAAAUGUUAAUGUCAAAUAUUGAUUUUUUGA